AUGAUGGGUGGCAGUGUCCGUGUACAGCCGCUGAUCGUGCUCAACACUGUGUUCUAUCAUAACACAGUUGAAGGAGAAAUUCCCAUUGGCGCAGUUGUCGCGACGGAUCCAUAUGAGAUGUACUUGGAGUCGAUACCCUCUAAUGAGAACCCAAGGCAUGUCUAUGUUGGUGAUUCGUCGGCUGCUCUCAGAACGAUAAACGGACGGAUUAACGCGCGUCUCGACGCGGACUGCAUCCUAGACAGUGGAUCUCAGAUUGUAUCGAUGGCUUUCUCAGAAGCCGUCGACGCACAAUUGAGCUGGGACCCAAAGGUCGUCAUAUAUAUGGAAAGCGCAAAUGGAUCUAUCUCUAAGUCACUGGGAUUAGCGAGAAAUGUACCCUUCAGGUUUGGGACCAUCUUGGUCUACCUGCAGGUGCACAUUUUGGAAAGUCCAGCUUAUAAGGUGUUGCUCGGCAGACCGUUUGAUAUCGCGACAGAAAGCAAUAUCAAGAACGCGGCCGACGGCAGCCAAAUAAUCACUAUGCGCGAUCCCAAUUUAAAGACACGUUGUGCAAUGGCUACGCAGCCACGUCGUGCAGACGACUUACCGCGUAACACUAAAAACAACGACGGAUCCACCGAGCCCUACAGUUCGUCGAAACCGACAACCAGUCCAGACGAACCGAACCCUGAACGGGAUUUUCAAAGAGCUUCGAGGAAUUGA